AUGGCUGAAAUUACUUUGGAUAAGAUGGUUCAGACCAUGGCGAAUGCCAGCUCCCCCUCGCCAGACAAUGGUUGGACACUGAACUGGGACGUAGUUGUAUCCUAUUCUGAGAAGGAUAUCAACCAAGUGCUUUACAAAGCUUGGGAAAAGCAUAAGGAUCAAAUGCUUGCCAAAGUCCACGCAGUCGCUGAGAUACCACCUGAUUCAAGUGACGAGGAGGAUGACGAUCAAGACGAUGGCGAUGAAAGUGACGGUGGACGAGAAAAGCGGCGAACCCGUAUUUACGACGUGGAACUAGGUGCCCCACGUGUUGAAUUUUCAGGUGAAGCCACACUGCCGGCUGUGCAUCUUAAGUUUCCGCUGAAGACAGGAAGCUACUGCCGUUCUGAUGAUUUAGAAAAGAAGUCACAUCUUCCUGAAAACGGAUAUGUGUUCACCAUUCGCAAUAUUCCCCUGGGUACAGUAACGGGCACGUAUGAAGAGGUCAAGAACAAAGACGACCUUGACAUAAAAGGUGACUGUGUUUUCAAGAAACGCCCGGAGAACACCAAAGAGGAUGACUAUGAGGUUUCUUGGGUUGUGAUGGAUUUUAAACUCAGUGGAAAAGACCUCAACGUGCAGGUUGAAAAAAGCUCUGGUGAUGAUCCUACUCCUAAACGCAAAAAUGCUAUCAGUCGAAAAUUCUCGCGCGCCAAAGAGUUUGCCGAGGCUUUCUUCUUAGGAACUUCAGAAGGGGACUUCCAGAGCAGGUUCAGAGUCAUUCGACAUGCUCUGGCAACAGUCAAAAACAAAGAUCUUCCGAGACAAAGUGGAGUUACUGUCGACCUGACCCCCAAAUCCUUCCGCUUGGCUACUUGUGCAAGCAAUUCUAUUGUCAAGGGCUCCAUUUUGUCAUUAUUCAUCCAUGUUGUGGAUGGGAAAGAUGCUGGAGAGAAACGCGACUUGCAAACACGAUGGCGAGGCCAAUGGGUCAGUGUAUCACCGAAAAUACCACCGAUCCCUGCACCAUACACGGCCUCUAUUCUCAUUCAUCCAGCGCUAUUAUUCGAGAAAGUCAUUAAAAACAGUGUCCUGACAAAUACAGGAGAGCAAGGGUGGCAAAUAAAUCGGCUCACUGGUGUUGCGGGUGGCGGCAUCGCCUUUCAUGCCACUUGGCCAAGGACCAUCGCUCAGGAAACUUUCUACAUCGAACUCCCGAAAGAAGACCCUGAAUGGCUCGAAAAGAUUAGUGGCGCUCCCUACUUAGAGGUUGAGGGUUGGGGAAAGGAUCUGACACAAAUCCCAGCGACUAUCCAUCUAUAUCAACAGGUAAGGAGUCUUGCUCUGAGAUUUUUACCCUUUCCAUUGAUAAUAUUGAUUUCUCUCUAUAAAAAGGACUUUAAGUCACAGCCAGUGGCCCACGUUGAGUGGAAGUUUUCCGUUGAAUCUCAAUGGCAAAAGCUGUAUAGAUACAAGAGCGGACGUAAUAACGAGGGUUCUAGAGGAGAGAAGAUGAACACAAUGAAGAACAAAACGACUUUCUCAAUCGAUUACAAAUUCCCUUUGGUGUCCAAAAUGACCGAUUACGACGUUACUUUUAGCAUUGAUGGCAAUGAGAUAGAAGAUAAAAGCUCCAUGACAGACAGCUGGCUACAUUGGAAGUCCAACGGUUACAUUCCUAUACUGGAGGAUCUUGAGCAGGAGCUGCAGCGACUUGGCAGGGGCAUCUUUGGUGGGGAAAGCGCUGCGGGAACAAAGGUCUUGAAAAAGCGUCAUGAAAAGAUGAGAGAGGUGCUACCGAAAUUCAAGUUUGGGACCAUCGGUUUGGGAUUCUUCCUCACUACAAACCUUUUGAAUCCUGGUGCCCAAUUGAUCGAUGUCGACAAAAAAGCCGGCAUGCGUCUGCCUGGAAACAUGAUAGUGGUUGGUAAAGUUGUCCAGGGCGAAGACAAGGAAAAGAAGGCUCGUGGAUAAAUGGCACGCGAUAUUGUUCAUCUCGCAAGCUGCAUCUAUCUAGGACCGCAGCAUGAAACAAAUUCUGCCAGGAAAGUUGCAGCCGAAACCGUUUAUUUAAAUAUAGACACAAGAUUAUACCUUUCGAUAUAGAACUUUUUGAUGAUAUUCAUGAUAUUUAUUUUGUCUAGAUUGCAGUGGCUCUCAAGAGAGAAGAUGUUAUUCGCUAUUUGAUCAGCAAAGGAGCAGAUGUGAGCAUCCAAAAUUCCAAGGGCCAAACAGUUUUACAGUGUGCAGAUGAACACACCACGGAAAUCAUUCAGGAGAUGCAGAACAGCAGUGUGUUUCAGGCCUCUUUGUGAUUUUUAUGGAUUUUCGUGUACUUUUUUUUGAAUCUAUAAUUGCGAGCGUGGAAGUUUUUAAGAUCAACAUUGUUUACUCCGUACUCUCCAACGGCC